AUGGCAACCGCGGGAAACGACGCGCCAACGCCAGUUACCAUCCCGGAAGAGGAAUUUAACUGUGUCGCCUGCGACCGACCGGAUUCCGUUGCUAAUCUAGUGCAGUGUGACGUGUGCGAUGAUUGGUGGCACCAGACUUGUGCGGGAGUCACAGGGUCAAUAGAAAAUCGCCCUUGGACCUGUCGAAAGUGUCUUCCAGCUAUUAGCGUUCGGAGUGGUGCAACAUCAUCGGGUACGCGCUCAAAAAGAAUUCAACUGCAACUGCAACAUCUAGCUGAGAAUCGAGAACUUGAGCAGAGAGCGCUAGAUAUCCGUCUAGAAGCUAUUCAGGCCGAAAAGAAUCUAGUUGACACACGAUAUAAACUCCUACAAUCUACGAUCAGUGAAGAAGACGAAUCAAGUGUCCGAAGUCGAUUGAGCCGCCGAAUCAGUCGUCAAAUUACCGCGGAAUGGCUGGAUCAAAUCUCAUCAACUGAAAACUCGCCCGACGGUCCAAUCCUUCCCAGCCCCGAAAUUGCUUCCGUCUUUCAAGGAUUGUCAUCAACUGAAGUACCAAGGAAAGAAUUCAACUGGAAAGGGAAGCUAACUCCACGGAAUAGUUUUGACACUAACAAGCCGAAGGAUUGUGCCGAAAAGAUUUCAACCCCCAAUCUGGAGAAUGUUCUACAAUCGAACCCAGCGCCAAAGCAACAGCCAGCACCAGUAGGUGGUGCCAUCAAGAAGCAGAAACCCGUUGCCGCAGAAAGCGACGCCCAGCAGCGCUCAACCAGGAUUCCGGAAGCAGAAGAAUGUGGAUCGUCGAAUUCAAAACCGGACGUAGAAGUCUUGUGUCAGCUACUCACAGAAUGUUUGGCUCUAAACCAACGUCCGAAACAAGAUCAUGUUUUGGAAUCAGCCCGUCAAAACUCGCCUACUCCCAUUCCCACCACGACAACCGACAACCCGGAGAAUCCAGCAAAUCGUGAGAAUAAACCCCACCCGUCCAGUUUGGUGGGUGCAUUUUUGCCACUUCUACCCCCUCUCCCCGAGAAAACAGGUAAGACCACUCCUAAUAAAUGCUUGCCAGCUGAACAACUCUAUGAGCCCCACGAGUCACUGAUUAAACAGCUGGGGAGUUGCCCAAAUGAAUACAUUAAUUUUGCUCAAGUUAUGGCAGAUUAUACGCCCACACCAUCGCAGUUAGCUGCCCGCCAGGUCAUGGCUCGAGACCUCCCUACCUUUACUGGGAACCCAGCUGACUGGCCUGUUUUCAUCAGCACUUUUACUACUACUACGCUAGCAUGCGGGUACAAUCAAGCUGAAAAUUUACUACGCCUCCAGCGUUGUCUGAAAGGCGAUGCUCUGGAAUCUGUUCGCAGUCGCAUUCUUAUCCCUAAUUCAGUGCCAGGAAUUAUCGACACCCUCCGCAGCCAUUACGGUCGACCUGAGCAAUUAAUCAAGGUCCUUUUGAACAAAAUUAAAACUAUUCCCGCCCCAAAAGCCGAAAAGCUGGAAACCUUAAUUGAUUACGGCUUGGCCGUCCAAAGCUUCUGCGACACUUUAGAAGCUGCCAAUCAAACUGCCCAUUUUUUCAACCCAUCCUUGCUCGCCGAACUUGUUGAUCGUUUGCCCAUUUCAUAUCAGAUGCAGUGGGCAUGUUAUAGUGAAAUGAUUGGUGAAGUAAACCUUAAACAGUUUGGAGAGUUCAUGUCCGCCCUCAUGAAAUCAGCCAGACUUGUAACAUCUUACGUCGGAACUUCGAAUAGAACUGAAGAACGCGGCAAACCGAAACGGGGAGUGCUCCAUGCACAUGCAGAUUAUACAGGAGAUGAAACGAGAGAACGUACGUGUAUUGUAUGCGGUCAUAACCAUCGUCUGAAUGAGUGUGAGCAAUUCAAAUCCCUCAACGUCGAUGAACGCUGGCAGGUCGUGGAAAGAGAGGGACUUUGCCGGAACUGUCUCAACUUUCAUGGACAUCGUUCCUGCCGUGUUAGUGGAAAGUGUAACGUGAAUGGUUGUCAUGUUCGCCACCACCCUCUCCUUCACUUCGUCCGUUCUCAGCAGGCCCAGCCUAGUUCCAGAUUCCCUACAAAUCAACGGUCGAAACCAACUGUUCGUGGUCCGCCUGUCUAUGAAAACCAUGUUCACCGUAGUGUUUCGCAGCUUUGUCUUUUCCGGAUUGUACCAAUAGUUGUUCAUGGAAGUGGGAAUCGAAAAAUUCAAACUUUUGCCUUUCUUGACGAGGGAUCUUCACUUACGCUUGUGGAAGAAGCGUUGGUCGGUGAGCUUGGCCUGCAGGGUGAGCGUCAGACGCUCUGUCUACGAUGGACAGGCAACGUAAUGCGUACGGAACGGGAUUCAAAGGUGGUGGAACUUAGUGUUUCUGGUAUUGAUCGACCGAGAUUCAAACUGCGAGAUACUCGAACAGUGAAAGCACUAUCGCUUCCCCAUCAAUCCAUGAAUUAUCGAGCUCUUUCUAGUUCAUUCUCUCAUCUACGGGGUCUUCCCAUUACCAGUUACCAGGAAGCGGUUCCACGAGUUCUUAUAGGUUUGAACAACUUACGCUUAACAGUUCCGCUCUCUAUUAAAGAAGGUCGACCGCAAGAACCAGUAGCUACUAAAACGAGGCUCGGGUGGUGUAUUUAUGGAGGAACCACAGAAGACCGAUCGAAACUGUCCGUGAAUAUUCACAGCAACGAUUGUUCAUGCGACAACACUCUGCACACUGCAGUGCGGGACUAUUUCGCCUUAGAGGACGUAGGAGUAGCGGGCCGAAUAGUUUUGGAAUCCAAGAGUGACAAGCGAGCCAAACAGAUUUUAGAAGAAACGACAAUCCGGAAAGGUGACCGGUUCGAAACAGGCCUUCUUUGGAGAUUUGAUCACUUCGAAUUCCCUGACAGUCGCCCAAUGGCAUUGAAGCGCCAUGAAUGUCUCGAGCGUAAGCUCAAGCGAAACCCGGAGAUGCUGGAAUGUGUUACGAAACAGAUUGAAGAAUAUCAGGUAAAAGGAUACGCUCGCCGCGCUACUGAGACAGAAUUGCAGAAAGAGGAUUGUCGAAAAGUAUGGUACCUUCCACUGGGAGUAGUGGUGAACCCAAAGAAACCAAACAAAGUCCGCAUGAUUUGGGAUGCAGCUGCAACUGUAAAUGGAGUCUCCUUGAAUGCUAUGCUACUCAAAGGUCCUGAUCAACUUGCUAAGCUACCAUGGGUCCUUUUCCGGUUCCGACAAAUCUCAGUGGCUGUGUCUGGUGACAUUGCGGAGAUGUUCCACCAAAUCCGUAUUCGCCCAGAGGACCAACACGCUCAGAGGUUCCUAUGGAGGACAGACCCCUUCAAAGAACCGGAAGUUUUUGUUAUGCAAGUGGCCACUUUCGGUGCAACGUGUUCCCCAGCUUCAGCGCUAUUCGUAAAACGAAAAAAUGCCCUAGAUUAUGAGAAUGUUUACCCCCGGGCUGUAGAAGAGAUAUUCGAUUGUCAUUAUAUGGACGACUACCUCAGCAGCUUUGGAACGGAGAGAGAAACUGAAGAAAUCGCCAAAGAAGUGAAAACCGUACAUGCUCAAGGAGGCUUCAAUAUUCGAGGAUGGAGAUCUAACAGUUCGAAGGUGCUAGAAGGUCUGGGAGAACCAAUAUCUGCCGAUCCAAGAUCCCUGAAUCUUGAACAUACGAACAUCGAAAGAGUUUUGGGAAUGCAUUGGCUGCCUAAAGAUGAUUUCCUGGCAUUUUCAACAAGUUUUCAACCACAAUUGUGUGAUCUCAUAGCAAGCAAACAACGUCCUACGAAGCGCCAAGUACUCAGAAUCCUGAUGAGCGUCUUUGAUCCGCUGGGCUUGUUAGCGGCCUUCGUAAUCCAAGGAAAGGUUCUGCUGCAAGACAUUUGGCGUGCAGGCACGCAGUGGGAUGAGGAAAUAAGCGAUCGAACUAACGAGAAGUGGGUAAAAUGGAUCGAGCAAUUCCCGAUGGUAGCCGAUGUUCGUGUUCCAAGGUGCUACUUCCCAAGCGCCAAUAAGUCUUCCUAUCGUCAGCUAGAACUCCACAUAUUUGCCGACGCCAGCGAAGACGCGUAUGCAGCGGUGGCCUAUUUUAGAAUCCCUAUUUCGGCAGACGGUUUCCGGUGUGCCCUCGUUGCAGCCAAGACCAAAGUGGCUCCUUUACGCCACUGGUCUAUUCCCCGGCUGGAGUUGCAAUCUGCGGUUUUGGCAGCACGCUUGGAAACUUUUAUCAAGGAAGGACACAAGGUGAACGUAACACGAACAAUAUUCUGGUCAGACUCAAGCACUGUUUUGGCGUGGAUCCGGUCAGACCAUCGACGCUACUCGCAAUUUGUAGCUUGCCGGGUAUCGGAGAUCUUGUCGACGACUUCCAUUGCUGAUUGGCGAUGGGUACCUACAAAACAAAACGUUGCGGACAUGGCUACAAAGCAGGGACAAGGAGAUCAAUUGAAUACGGAUAGUUUCUGGUUCAAAGGACCAGGAUUUCUACUGCAGAGAGAAGAGAAUUGGCCGCAGCCGAGAUCCAUUCAACCGACCGAGGAAGAACAAAAACAUUGCUUAAUCCACGAAUCUGUAGCCAUCCCAGAAUCAAUAAUUGAUUCAUCCAAGUUUUCCAAAUGGGAACGAAUGCUGAGGACGAUGGCCUACGUUUUUCGAUACGUCGACCUCUGUGAGAAGCGUCAACCUCGGUGGAAAGGAGCUCGUCUCAAUCAAGCUGAACUACAAUCCAGCUUGAAAAGAGUUCGUCUCAAUCAAACUGAAUUACAGAAAGCAGAAAACUACCUGUUCCGGACAGCUCAAUGGUCGGGCUUCCUAGAAGAAAUGUCUACGCUCAGUUAUCACCGUCAGAAGUCGAGUUCGACCCACAUUCCAAUGGAGAAAGGAAGCAAACUGUACAAGCUUUGUCCUUACAUGGAUGAGCGCAGCGUCAUGCGAGUAGAUGGACGAAUCGGUGCUGCCGCUAACGUAGGAGACAACGUCAAAUUUCCCGUUAUACUACCCAAGACGCAUCGAGUAACAGUACUGCUAAUCGACUUCUACCAUCGUAAAUUCAAACAUGCUAAUUUCGAGACAGUCGUUAACGAGCUUCGCCAGAUUGUUUACAUUCCUCAAGUUCGCUCUCGCGUCAAGCAGGUGAUAAAAUGCUGCCAAUACUGUAGAGUGUAUAAAUCCCGACCACAGGUCCCUAGGAUGGCCCCCUUACCAGCAGCAAGAUUGGCCUCGUACACACGGCCGUUUACCUACGUUGGGCUUGAUCUCUUUGGCCCAAUUUUCGUCAAAGUCGGAAGGAGUUCAGCGAAAAGGUGGAUCGCACUCUUUACGUGCCUGACAUUGCGCGCCGUUCACGUUGAAGUGGUGUUCAGCCUGAGCACGGAGUCCUGCAUCAUGGCAAUUCGUCGUUUCAUCGAUCGGCGUGGAUCCCCACUGGAGUUUUAUUCCGACAACGGUACCAACUUUAGAGGGGCGGACAACGUGCUGCAGGAACAGGUGCGAAAUAUUCAAGAGGGACUCAGUUCAACAUUCACUAAUACGACUACCAAAUGGAUAUUCAUUCCUCCCGGUACCCCCCAUAUGGGAGGCGCCUGGGAAAGAAUGGUGCGUUCCGUAAAAACGGCCAUGGAAAGCAGCAUCAGUGCAAAUCGGAAAUUAAACGACGAAGGUUUGUGGACACUUGUGAUUGAGGCUGAAAGCAUCGUCAAUUCUAGACCUCUGACAUACCUACCUUUGGAAGCUGAAGAAAAUGAGGCGAUCACUCCUAACCAUCUGCUGCUGGGAAGCUCCAACGGUGUGAAGCAGCCAUCAAUUGAACCGAUUGGAGAAGCGUUUGCGUUGAAGAACGCUUGGAACCAGAUUCAGCAUCAAGCGGAUAUGUUUUGGCGUCGAUGGGUUAGAGAGUACAUGCCGGAGCUUACACGUCGCUCUAAAUGGCUUGGUGAAACGCGACCGGUUGGCGUUGGAGAUCUCGUUAUCAUUGUAGAUGAGGCACGAAGAAACGGCUGGGUGCGAGGCAGGGUUAACGAGGUCAUUCCUGGGCAAGACGGGCGAAUUAGAAAGGCGAUCAUUCAAACUCAAAAGGGGCUCACAAGGCAGUCGGUCUCAAAACUUGCAUUACUAGACGUCGCAGUAGGAGGUAACCCAGGAUCAUUCUGA